GUAUCGCUGGCGUCGGCGAAUCGCUCGCCUUGGCUGGAUGGAAAGUCGACCGUACCGUAGAGCAAAAGAGCAGCAGUUGCGCGAGUGGAGUGAGCAGCAGUCGGGCCGAAGUGGAGCGAGCAAGCUGUCGAGCCGCCAGACGCCAAGACACCAGCCAAGCUCCAGCAACGGCUGCAGGGCUUCCUGAGGUCCUUCGAGGCGCCCAUCCGCAGGUACCUGGCGGCGCAGUUCACCGCCAGCAGCGAUGACGCUCCUUCCGCCAGACACAUGAAGGCACCAGACACGACCAAGGAGGAGCAGGGUCCGGUGGCUGUGGGGAAAACCGCCGGGCCUGCUGAGGAGUCUCCAGUGCGGCGGAUCGCACUCACGGCCUCUGAGGAUUUGCCUCCCCGAAAGUCGCCAGUGACCGUUCAGGAAUGGGUCGACUCGCUACCUCACCCUGGCGAGGUGCCUUCUUCGCCUGUGAUCCAACGCAGACACGAGGAGACCUCCGGCGAGCACGCGGACACCUUGGCCCUUGGCGCUGAAGCUGAGCUGAUCCUCAGACAGACGCCGCCCUCCAUCGUUGUCCAAGGCCCGCAACAAGCCGAGGAGGAGGUCGACUGCGAGGUGCAACUGCGUCGACGUGAAGCGUUCAAGUCUGGCGAGCGCGUCGCGUCGUUCGCGUCCGACUCGGCGGCGUCGAACGCUUCGAGUGCCGGCGUCGAGAGCUACCUUGAGUCGCGAAAGCCUGACCCGGAAACCAUCCUGCUCAACCUCGGCUUCGGCGGGUCCCAGGACUCGGCCAAUGAACUCGGAUUAUCCAGGAUUCCGCAACGCUUCCUUCAGCCCUCACAGGUGAAGGGGAUCUCAAUCAACCAAUUCUACAACAUCGAGCGUUUGCAGGCAGAGACCUUCGAGACUGGUUUCUACGGCUACCGCGGUUUGACAGGUCCGUCGCACAAGCCGUCGCCGAUCGUGGCCAAAAUCAUGGAGAGACUGAGGCACCACGAGCGUUCCAACUCGGAGGGGUCAGUGGCCUCGGCGCCGGCGGCCCCGCAGACGGUCCCCUCGACAGCGGCGACGGCCGACCCGCCUGAUGCAACAACGCAUCGCUUUGCCAGGGCGGCGCAAAAAGUGCAAAACUCCAAGAGUGUUCUCACCCGAAUCCAAAGCUGGAAGUCGGACAGUCAAAAUUCUUCGGCGGCGAGCGUGCUGAACGCGGACAACCGGCGUUUCCUAGAGAAGCAGGCGCUGUCGAAGAGUCCGGACGUGCCGCGGCGCAUCAUCAUGGGCCGGCGCUCGUACACCUUCAGCGGCGACGACCUGAUCGAGUGCAACGAAAUGACUGCCUCGCCGCCCCCGGCAAAGGUGCCGCAGCAGCCGAUUCGCUUCCCGCCGCCGCUCGUGCACAAGGACUCGAUCCUCUCCUCCACCACCAGCUACUCGGACGACUCGGACGAGUCCGAAGAGGACUUUCGCCGCCGCUCUUUCCUAAAACGCACACGCCCCCUCACGCCGCCGCCGGAACUGCCUCCCACCAUCCCGGUUGCCGCCUCCACGCCUGCCAAACCCCCUGCCAGGAUGGUGUCCACCUCGAGUUUCAGCUCUUGGGAAUCGGACUCGUGGCUGCCCUCGCCGCCCGCAGGCCCGAAACUGGCGUUCAGCACCUUUUCCUCCAUCGACGAGUCCUCGGAGCAGGAGCUUCUUGCCAGGGCCGAGUCCCAGGAUGGCCUGCGCGUUAAGUCCUCGACCGAGGUGGCCACGGCCGCGGCGGCCGCUCUGGCCGCGCGGCGCGGCAGUCUGAAACGGCAAAGCAGGGUCAGCGAGGAGGAGGAGCCAUCGACGUCGAGCGGCGUGGCCACCAACCCUCCCGACGGCGUCCUUUCCAGGACGGGCAGCGCCCAGUCGGACAGCAGCGGCUUCCAGGAGGAGUCGGCCAACACAGUCAGUCACUCAGUCUCGCCAGAGGAGACGGCUGAGGAGCACCGGUCUUCAGGCUCCGCUUCUCCGGUCAAUGCUGCCAGACUGAUGGAACUUCAGGACCAGGCGUCAAAGUCCCUCGAGACAUUCCGAGCUCAGGUGCUGGCUGAGACCAACCCUGAAAAGCAAGCACUGAUACAAGUCAAAGUAGACCAAAUAUCUGGUGUUCUGCUGCAACUGCAGUCACUCUGUGAGAAUUUCCAGGAGCAGGAAGGAUGAAGCAAUAAUUAAUUGUGAUUAAAUCUAUUCGUUCAACAUUUCCAUAGCUUCCAAGAGCACAAAACGCAUAGCCAUAUAUACUCCCCUGUUUUUCGCCUCUUUAAGGGACCAAUUUUUUGAUUUGUUGCUAUUGAUACGAUUACGCUGUUUUUGUUGGUUAUUCUUAACGCAUACUUAUAUUAAGAUUUUCCCAGUCAAUUGUUUUGUUGUUGUCAUGUGAGAGUGAGAAGAAGAAGAAGAAGAUGCAUGUAAUUUUAGCCUCUGCGUAUUCGUAAGAGCGUUGAGAUUUUCGAGCAAUAAAAACUGGCGACAGAGAGCUGAAA